UAUUCUGCCCAGGAGCGGAAAACAGCUGCUCUGUUGGUGUUUUGCUCAAGCUCAGAGUAUCACCAACAGGCUUUUAUUCCAAACUAAAUAACAGUAAGAGGAGACAGACCUGUGGGCUCAGACCGGGGCUGCUGGUGUAACAGAGAGCUCUCUGCUGGCUCACCUGCGCACACAGGUGUGGACAAACCACUCGUCAUCUUCCUCAGGGGGGGACGCCGCCUCCUCCAGGUGGCUUUACAGUUGCGACAAGGCUCCAUCCCGCUUCCUUCUCCCAGAUAAUCCACCAUCCUUCCCUCUCGGGACAGCUGAGAUGCCCCGUUAACGUUUCGCUGGAACUUCCUUUCGGACUCUGAGAUGAACGUGAAGUGGACAGUGAAACGAUUUCUUCUUCUAUCGUUUUCAGUCUCCCACUUGCUGUUUCCUGAGGGAGGUCAGAGCCGGCUUUCAGUGGCAGAUGGAAGAUCACAGAGGAGGGCUAAUGCACUUCGGAGGAAACGGGAUCUCCUUGGGGAGGAGACAUAUAGGCCAUUGCUGUCAGAAAGUUCACUGUCACGCAACGUUUUGCACAACUACACGACCAGAGACGAAUCUUCGGAAUAUUGUGGCUGUCUUAAUGGAGGUUGGUGUCAGGAGGACGGCGUGUGUGACUGUUCCCAGUUUCAGGCAUUGGGAGACCGCUGCCAGAUCAUACCUAACCAGGGCCAGGAUAGAGACGGGAUCUGCAGGUCGUGGGGUCAGCACCACUUUGAAACAUUUGAUGGAAUCUACUUCUACUUCCCUGGAACCUGCUCUUAUAUUCUGGCUCAGGACUGCCACUCAGCUACACCAGAGUACACAGUGUGGAUUCACAACAGCAGAACGUGCGAGGGGAGCGUGUACUCGUGUCCGAGAGCUGUCAGCCUGUUCUUCCCGAACGAGGAGGAGAUCCAUAUCUCUGGGUAUCAGGUCCACCAGGGAGGUCGAAGGCUAAGUUUGCCUCAGACACUAGGCGGGGUGUUUAUUGAGCGACUGGCUGAUUACCUGCUUGUGAAGAGUGUGUUCGGCUUCUCUUUGGCCUGGGAUGGAGGCUCAGGCGUCUACCUGAAGAUGAGCGAGGAGCACCGGGGCACCCCCUGUGGCUUGUGUGGAAACUUCAACCACAUCGCUGGCGAUGACCUCACCACCGCUCGAGGCAUCCGGACAGAUGAGCCCGCAGUGUUUGGCAACAGCUGGACAGUGGACCUCCCUCAUGAGAGGGCUUGUCCCUCUGUGGAUCUCGACUUUAACGGUCCUUGCCAUUCUGAGUCCGACAUGGAUGACGCCAUCGAGAAAUGCAGCGCUCUCCUUUUCUUCCCAUUUCUCUCCUGCCAUGAAAACAUUGACCCAAACCCCUUCGUUGCCAGCUGUGUCUCUGACCUCUGUGUGUCCGACGACGAGGAAACAUUUUGCCGCGCUUUGGUUGAAUACACCAGAGCCUGCUCGCAUGUUGGCUAUCCCGUCAGAGAGUGGAGAGACAGCUUUCCAUCUUGCAACGACGGCUGUGAGGAGAGUUUCGUGUAUAGGGACUGUAUCAGUUGUUGUCCUCCCACCUGUACGUUUGAGAAAGAGUGUCUAGGAACCAACCUGCACUGCCUGGAUGGUUGCUACUGUCCCGAUGGUCUCAUCUUGCAGAACGGAACGUGCAUCCCUGCCUCUCAGUGUCCUUGUGUUUAUCACGGGACGCCGUAUAUGCAAGGGCAGGUGCUUCAGCAGGGCUGCAGUGUUUGUGUUUGCAUGGGAGGAGUGUGGAAUUGCACAGAGAGUACCUGCACAGCCGAGUGUUCGGUCGUAGGAGACGUGUUUGUGACAACAUUCGAUGGCAGGGUGUUUCUCCAGCCGGGGGCGUGUCAGUAUGUGCUGGCGAAGAGCAGAGGCAGCAGCAAAUUCACCGUCACGCUGCAGUAUACCACCUGCGAAGAGCAGCAGGUGUGCAUUCAGUCAGUGACUGUGGUGUUGGAUGAAGACGUGAGUCAUCAGAUCACCUUGACGAGAGAGGGGGAGGUGAUAAUUGGCGUCAACCCAGCUCCCGCCCUGCCCUAUGUUGAUGAUGCAGUGGAGGUGCACAGACUGACCUCUGUGUUCACGCAGCUGAAAGCAGGGAUUGGUUUACGCCUGCAUUAUGACGGUCGAGGAGGGCGGGUGUAUUUGCAGCUCGGCAGCCGGUGGCGUGGCCAAACGUUGGGACUUUGCGGCACAUUUAACGGAAACCUGCGAGAUGAUUUCCUGUCUCCUGCAGGGAUGAUAGAAGGUACCCCUCAGCUUCAUGCCAAUGCUUGGAAAGUGUCAUCUGCUUGUGUUGCUCCAGUUAAUCUGCCCAUCGUAGACCCAUGUGAGAUGAACCAGCACAACGCCUACUAUGCUUCCCAGUGUGAUGUGGUUUUGGAGGGCGUGUUUGCGCCGUGUCAUGACUACAUCAGCCCAAACAUCUACCAGCAGCAGUGCCGCUACCAGGCCUGCCGCUGUGGGAGCAGCUGUCUGUGCACUGCGCUGGCUCACUACGCUUACCUCUGCUCCAAACACGGAGUCCACGUGAAUUUCAGAUCGCAGGUGUCUGAGUGCGGAGUUGUCUGCCUUGGGGGAAUGCUGUACCACUCGUGCGUGUCGUCCUGCGGCCGAUCCUGCCGCGCGCUCGCCAGCGCCGAGACCUGCAGCCCGGCUGACUGCGCCGAGGGUUGCGGCUGUCCGGACGGCAGCUACUACGACGACGUGCGCAGGCGCUGUGUGCAGCUGUCGCAGUGUCAUUGCUACUCUAUGGGCGGCGUAUCGCAGCCGGGGGAAGUGACCUUCAGUGCAUCUGGCCCUUGCCUGUGCAGAAAUGGGAAGAUGGAGUGCGAGCCAGAAGAAAAAGAAGCAGAUAGCGCAGAGGUGGGAGAGUGUCCAGAGGGAAAAGUGUAUCACAGCUGCACGGAGCAGAGAGGAGGCGUGGCUUGUGCACCGACCUGCCGUAACCUGAUGUUGAAUCUCACCUGCCCACCCAACACGCCAUGCAUACCAGGCUGUGUCUGUCCUCCAGGGCUGGUGCUGCACCAGGGGGAGUGUUACUAUCCAGAGAACUGCCCCUGCGCUUGGCUCGGACUUGAAUACCUGCCCGGACAAGUGGUGGAAACAUCUUGCUACAGAUGUGUGUGCCAUCGGGGCUAUUUCAACUGCAGCUACUCUCCGUGUCCGGCUGUGUGUACGGUGUACAGCGACAGACACUACCACACCUUUGACGGCCUCGAAUACGACUACCAAACCGACUGCCAGGUCUAUCUGCUCAAAAGUGCUGGAGAAACCGAAGUGUCCAUUGUUGCCCAAAACAAGGACUGCUAUGAGAGCGGCAUUGUGUGCAUGAAAAUCCUGGUCAUUCACGUGGGACUCACCAAGAUCUACUUCACCGACAACUCUGGCAAUCCUAGUCCUUCUACUGUUGUGGGCCGGGGGUCAGAGUUUGAGCUGUGGAACGCAGGCUACUACACGGUGGUCCAGUUCUCCAGUCAGGAUCUGACCAUCCUCUGGGACCGCAAGACCACUGUGCACAUCAGAGCCGGACCCCACUGGAAGGGUCUCCUCAGUGGCCUGUGUGGAAAUUUCGACAGCGUGACAGUCAACGAUAUGACCACAUCAAGCCACAUGGAAGUCAACAACGCGCAGACAUUUGGAAACAGCUGGGCCCUGGGACAGUGUGAAAGUGACUACAUAGUUGAGCGACCGUGUGAAAGGGACUUGGGGAGACAGCCGUACGCUAAGAGGGAGUGUGCUCUCCUCUACAGCGAUGUCUUUGCACCCUGUCACAACGUGGUUGAUGUGGCCUGGUUUUAUAGGAACUGCCUGACAGACACAUGCAACUGUAACCGCGGGGGAGACUGUGAGUGUCUCUGUACGUCCAUCGCUGCGUACGCACACAAAUGCUGCCAACAGGGGGUCGCGAUACACUGGAGGUCUCCCUCUGUGUGCCCCUAUGACUGUGAAUACUAUAAUCAAGAGCUCGGCGAUGGCCCAUUUUCUCUGGUGAGCGCUGUCCUUAAUGACACCAUGUUCGGAGUGAACCGUACCAGCAGCUCAGUGUUUCCACUCGUAAGAGAAAGACCGGGACAGUUGCCUGCCCCGGGCAUUCUGUUCAACUUUAUGAUCACUGCCGGCCUGUGGAGGAACAGGACGUCACGCGUUCCUGUAGUUUCUCUGGAGUCUGCAGAGAGGCCAAACUACUUCCUCACAGUGUCAGGACGCAGCCGCCUUCAGCUGGAGCAGUGGAGCCGGGGGCAAGAGUUCGGUCGCCGGGCCACCUUCAUCCAGCACCAGGGUCUGUUUCUACCGGGUCACAGCUCCUUCGAACUGGUCAGCCAACCGGGAAUCUUUCUGACACUCACCCGCGGAGCGGCCCGAGCGCAGAGAUACGCCACCUCUGAGGGCUUCAAGGCCAGCAGCAGCUUCGCGCUCGAGGACAGCCCCUUUGUGAUACCAUACCGCAUGAUGUGCGAGUGGCGCUAUCAGGCUUGUGCGGGUCCCUGCGCCCACACGUGCAGCGAUCCGGAAGCGACGCGGUGCCACCUCCUGCCCCCGGUGGAAGGCUGCUUCCCUCGCUGUCCAAAGAACAUGGUGCUGGAUGAAGUCACAAGACGCUGUGUCUACGCAGAGGAUUGUGUUAUCCUUCCCUCGACUCCGACACCGUUUGCCUAUGUGACCCGUUCCAACAGAACAACUACACCGCCCCCAGCCCCGACUACAACACCCUCCUCCACUACUGUCAGCCCCACAACAACCGCACCCACCACCACCACGCCCAGUAUUCCCACCACCAUACCGACCACUACAACAGUCACUACUCUGUUUACAACAUCCCCAACCACACCCCCACCUGCGUCUACAACCACUGUUGUUUCUACGACUCUACCUGAGACUUCCACCCUCAGUACAACCACAGUGACUCCGACUCCGACCACAGAGGCUAGCUCAGCUACUCCAUCCACUGCUCCCACUACGGUCCCUUCAACUACCCCCGAGGUCACCACGCCGACCACGCCUCUCCUGACGUCUCCGACCACCCUGCCACCAACGACCACCGUCACGACAACUGUCCCCACCACAACUGCGCCUGAAACCACCACCACACCCACAACUACUCCACAACCGGAAACGACGACCACCACAGAGAUUUCCACCGCAGUGGAAACAACCACUGCGUUUCCUUCAACUGAGCCCACCACCGCUCCCAGCACAGAGAUAAUCACAAGCCCUGAAACGACCUCUGUGACCGAAGAGGUCACUACCAGACCUCCUUGGCCCACUGGCCCAUGCACACCUCCAUUCUCCUAUCGUAUUGACGAGUGCGCUGAGCUGAUCUGUUUCAACGGAGAGCUGCUCUUUUACAACUCCUCCGUCCACUGCCGCUACAACACUGCCCCGCCUCAGUGCAGUCUGCUGGGCCUGCCCAUCCUCAUCAACACAGACCCCUGCUGUCCGCAGUGGCAGUGCCCAUGUCGCUGCACUUUGAUGUCAGACCUGCGCAUGAUCACGUUUGACGGUAACAACGUGGCCUUGUACGACAACGGCUCUUACAUCUUGGUUAACCUGCCCAGAGAGACCAUCAUUGGCACUGUGGAAAAAUGUCCCACCAGUCAGAGCGUGAACUCCAUCAGGAGAACCAGUCCUACAGGUGGAACAUCUGGUCUUUGCUUCAAGAAGCUGAACAUCACUACUUCCAACUACCGAAUCAUCAUCAACAGACUGGAUCGCAAGGUGACGGUGAACUACAGACCUGCUAAGCUCCCGUUCUCACGUCACUCCCUUUAUGUGGAAGAUACAGGCAGCAUGUACCUGAUCCACACACCUGGCAGCAUCAGUAUACAGUGGUAUCACAGCACGGGGAUUAUGGUGCUGCAGUACAAUGCUCCUAGUCAUGCAUUCGUGCCCACUCGUGGCCUGUGUGGUUGCUGCGAUGGGAACCCAGCCGAUGACCUGAAACUGCCGAACGGCACGGUGGUCAGCGAGGUGGGGGACAUGAUGCUCUUCCUCCAGGCGUGGAGAGUCCAUUUGACGGAUGAGACCGAACACACGCGCAGGGUGGGAGACAACUGCACCACGGGGGACUGUUCCACCUGUCUGUCUAUGCUCAGCCAAAGAGCCUUCACACCCUGCCAUAGCAAGGUUCCACCAGAGCAGUUCUGUGACAUCAUGUGGGCGGGAGACCUGCAUUACAAGGAUCACCAGUGCGACUUCCUGGCCGCGUAUGUGGCAGUUUGCUACACACACCAAGUCUGCAUCAGCUGGAGGCGGCACAAUUUCUGCCCAUUAAGGUGUCCGCCUGGAAAAGAGUAUCAGCCCUGCGUGAGCACCUGCAACAGCCGCACUUGUCUGAACAAAGACUACUACGAGGAAACCACCUGCUCUUUCAUCAGGGAGGAGUGUGUGUGUCGCAGUGGGACCAUCCUGCACCGGGCCGACUCCCCCUACUGUGUCACUGAAGAUCGGUGUGUCUGCACAGACAACGAAGGUAACCCCCGGUCCCCGGGAGAGGUGUGGAACGGCUCUGCUCGGAGCUGCUGCCUGUACAAAUGUAUGGAGAACGGCUCUGUGGUGGCUGUCGAACCAGACUGCAGCGCUGUCCCGACGCCGCUGUGUGAACGCGAGGGCGAGUACGUGCUAGAUGUCCUGGAGGAAGGUUCCUGCUGUCCUAAGAAGAUCUGUGAGUGCAACAUGACCAUCUGCGACAGUGAAGCCCCUCCUUGUGAUAACGGAAACAGGCUGGUCAUUGGUUACAGCGCUCUGUCCUGCUGCCCGGAGUACAGAUGUGAGUGUGACCCCAUGGCGUGCCCUCCUGUCUUCGCUCCCGAAUGCAGGGAAGAUCAGUUCAUCGUCGAGGUCAGGGGGCAAAAAUCCUGCUGCUACUCUUAUCUUUGCGUGUGCGAGUCGUGCAUUGAGCCCAUCCCAACUUGCUCCCAUGGAGAAAUUCUGGCUGUCGAUCCAAACUCCACCAACAGCUGCUGUCCCCAGUACCAGUGUGUCUGUGAUGUUAAUCAAUGCCCUAAAUCAUCUCUGAGCUGUGCACCUGGUCUCUCUUUGGUGGAAACGGCUGCUGCCGCGGGUGGCUGCUGUCCCCAGCAUCACUGUGAAUGUCAAUGUGAGGACCGCGCUCUCCCCAUAUGUCAGCUGGGGGAGGCGCUGGUGGAAGUGUCAGACAGCAGCACCAACUGCGGCUGUCCUCAGCAUGCAUGUCAGAAGGCCGAGGUGUGCCUUUUCCAAGGAGUGACAGUUCUAGGUCCAGGCCAGUCCCUGGUCCAGUAUUUCGAAGGAGAACUGUGCUACACUGUCCAGUGUCUGCCUUACAAAGACCCGCAAACCGGCUUCUAUGCAAUGGAGAUCAGCUCCGUUAACUGUUCACAAAAGUGCGGGUCGCACCAGGCAUAUAUCCCUUCCACUGACCCUCAGGUGUGCUGCGGCUCCUGUAAAAACAUCUCUUGUACUUUCACCGACGAAAAUGGGACGGCAGAGCUUUUCACUGCAGGGAGCUCCUGGGUGGAAAACUGUACACGGUACGACUGUGUGGAGACAGCAGUCGGAGCUGUGAUACUUGCAUCUGGUGUUAUAUGCCCUCCUUUUAAUGAUUCCGAAUGUAUUCAGAACGGGGGCGUAGUCCAGAGCUACGUAGACGGCUGCUGCAAGACAUGUUCUGGAGUGGGUGUUUUACCAUUUACCGUAAACCCCAUAACACCCACUGGUAGUACUAACUGUGACACAGGUAAAGAGGACGGCAAGACGUGUAAGCGCGUGGCCAUCCGGACCACCAUUAGAAAAGACGACUGCAGGAGCAACGCACCAGUUACGGUUUACUCAUGCGACGGUAAAUGUCCAUCCGCCACCAUAUUCAACUUUAACGUCAACAGUCAUGCGAGGUUCUGUAAGUGUUGCCGCGAGAGUGGACUGCAAACGCGGACCGUCUCACUGUACUGCUCUCGCAACGCCACCAUGGUGGACUACAACUUCCAGGAGCCUCUGGACUGCUCCUGCCAGUGGAACUAGGAAUAAGAAUGAUUGGGAGAAUGUAAUCAUACAAUGGUUUUCGUGAGGGUGUAUUUGGAUUAAUAUUGUAAAAGCUGGCCCAGCACGAAUAAAAAAACAAAAAAACAGCCAUGUUUUUUGAUUUUGUUUGUUUUUUUUUUGUUUUUUUUCUUCUAAUAGCACACACUGGCAUUGAGUAGUAGAUUUGACAGAAAACACUGAUGUGACACUUCAAGUUAGUUUUUUGUCUGCACUUUAGCCGUUUGUUUUACUAAGACCUGCUGUGCCAACCCUGUCAGCCUGCUAGUGCUCUCACCUGAGGAUACCUUUUAGUCUUCUUAUUGUUGUGUACAUAAACGGCUGAUUAAAAUUGCAGUUUCUACUUUCUAUAUAAUGGCUGUUGUGUUCAAACUAUCAGUUGACAUUUGCUUUAUCUAAUAAAUGUAGCUUUGUGGGAUUUUUUUUUCCUUAGAAAAUUUUUUUUUUUUUUAAAGUAAAUCAAUGUAAUAAAGGAUUUAAUAAUG